UGAUCAAGGAAAUGUAUAGGAACAUAAACUUUUGACAAACGAUUGCAGAGAUAUUGAGGUUUGUAGGUUUUGUGGUGACGUCAUCAACCCAUCCAUUCUGAAACGGAUUCGGGGACCUAGGUUUGGGAAACUUACCCAAAUUGGUCCCAGGUGGUCCAUAGUUACCCACGCGGUGAAAAAUCAUUGACAUCACCAUCUCGUUUCCAAGUUAUUUGGCCUCAAAGUUUUAAGUGCACUGUAACGGCUUCAUUAAUUUAAUAUAGGAUAUUGACGUUAAAGUAGUGUUAUUGACGUUGCGCCGUAGCAUCAGAAAAUUUAGCAUAUUAGACAUGCAUUUUUCGGUUACUUCAAAGAAAGUUACGGUAAGAUCAAAGAAAAAUGAACAUAUCCACUUUGCCUGUUACAGAGCCCAGACUUCUUUAAUGCUACUUGUUACCAUACCAAGCGCUCCCGUCCUGUUUGCUAAAGUCGCGUAGUGCAUGAAGCAUUGUAACCAUUGAAGCCCUAAGCGAAAAUUCUAUCGACUAAGUUUUUGAGAACAUUAUUAAAAACAGUUUAUAACCACAUGUGGUUAAAUUAAAGCACUGCGGAAAACGCUAAAAUUUAUUCAAUUUAUGUUUUUUCUGUGUAAAUAUUUUUUAUGCAUUCAAACAAUUUUUUUAUUGCAUAUUAUAGUUUUUAUUAUAAAUAAAAUAUUUUCUCUGGUAAAUAAGAAAAUCAUUGAAAGUUAAAAAAAAAAAAUCACUUUCCUGUUUUUGUUAUAAAUUUAGGGAGUAUAGCUGCAACAUAAAAAACGCAUUUCGCAAACUAAACGUUACCCUGAAAUUAAAAGACUAAAUUGGGAACAAGGCUUUAGAUAAAGCGAUAAUGCUAGAAUAUGUUGCUAUAAAAUGUGUGAGAUCUAAAAAUUUGCUGAUGUGUGUUACAAUAUUGCCACAGUGUUUUAAUAAGUGCGGAUAUUGCACUUUUAAUAACACACCAUGACGGAGCUGAGACAAGUGAAAGAUAGUCCACCAAAAUCAAUUCCGGUGGGACGAUGGGACGCCAUCCAUGACUAGGCCUGAAGUAGAUUUUGACAACAAAUUUGUAAACAAACGAAUUUGUAUAUAUUUUUAUCUGAAAUAAAUAAGGUUUCUGUUUGCUUUCAUGCAUGUAAAUGUUGAUAAUUUGUUUUGUGGUCAACUGUUUUCAAAAAGAUUUACGUGUCAAUAUUUAUUAUUUAUUAUUAUUUAAAAUUUGCUCUCUUUUUGUCUAGUCACUGUUAUUUUUUUAAAACAGAACAUGACCCUGCAUGUUUUUGGUGGAAAACAUAUUUGCAAUGAUUACUCUAUAAAUGGUGAUUUCUUUUUUCUUGUGCUGUGAGCAUGGGAAAAAACUCCAAGAAGUGUCUCUUGCUAUUUGGAGAUAAUGGCAGCAAUAAAAAGAAUAAGUAUCUACCUGGUAAAAGAUCAAAAAGUGUCGAUGCCCUUGAUCAGGAUAUUUCAGAAAAACGGUUGCAAAAACGUUUCAGUGUUAUAAGCGAAAAGUGUGUAGGUAUAUACACUUGUGAUUUUUUUCCAACUCCUACAGUAGCUGACAUACAAACUGUUCAAACGCAGGAACGUUCAGUGGCACAAUCUCGCGCUUCUGUGAUGAUAUAUAAUAACGAUAUUAAAAAAUGGGAGCAUGCAGGUGGAGCACAGGGAAUGUCUCGUGUUCAUGUUUAUUUUAAUCCAGGUAGCGAUUCAUACAGGAUAGUUGGUCGCAAAGUGAACGAUAAUGAAGUUGUUAUAAAUUGCGUACUUGGUAAAACACUAAAGUAUAACAAAGCCACAGCUACUUUUCACCAGUGGCGAGAUCAACGUCAAGUAUAUGGUUUAAAUUUUUCAAGUGCUGAUGAUGCAACCGUUUUUUCAGAAGCAGUUCUUGGAGCAGUAGAAAAUCUAAACAAUCCACAAGAAGAGUUACAUUACGCUGUGUCCAACCCUAUUCAGAUAGCUGAUCCACCCCCCAAUAUUCAACACAAUGGGCAUGCUGGAUCGCAAAACCAACGAUUUCAGGAAGAUCCACACAGACAGCCACAAGUUCAGCAUCAUGAGCCACCGCGACCUGCUGCAUCACAACCGCCAAGAGCGCCAGAACCGCCAAGAUCGGUGCCACAACCACCGCAGCCUCCACAGCCGCCACCAAUGACUCCUCAUGCGCCCCCAUCCACUCCUGCACCGCCACCCGCUGGGCCACCAGCUCCACCACCACCAGGAAGUGGCCCACCUCCGCCACCACCUCCACCACUGCCUCCUAGUGGAGGAGCAGGUCCACCAGCACCACCACCACCACCUUCAGGUGGUGCAUUAGCAAGUGCAUUGCAAGGUGUCACACUAAAGAAAAGAUCAGAGAUGACAGAAGAAAGGCGACCUCCACCGGCUGCAAACCCGAUGGAUGAUAUGAUGUCAGCUUUAAAUAAAAAAUUAAUGGCAAGGAAAAAAAUGGCGGACAAUUCGGAGGAAUCCCCAAGUGCAGUUUCAUCGCCACCCACAGUAACAAAAAGUGCGGUCCCUCCACCCCCCACUGUCAAUAAAACUCCACCGACGACCAAUAAAUCACUUGCUUUUAAUAAGCCGACCAACGUCGUCACUCCAAGCAACAAGAAAAAUGAUUUUCCACGUGCAAACUCAUUAACUACAAGCGCGUCUUCUGCUGAUGAUCUGAAAUCGAUAAAAGAGGAAAUUAUGCAAUGUGUUAGAGAUGAAAUUCAAGCCGCUAAGGAGGAGAUCCUGGAAGUGUUACGACAAGAACUUCAAGCGAUGAGAUAAAGACUGGUGUACAUAUGUAUCUAAGAAAAUAAUUGAAUAUCUUCUUAGUAGAGAAGAAAAUGUUUGAUACUAGAAAUAUGUUUUUUUGUCGUAGCCUUGAUUUUAUUUUUACAAUUGUGGAAUACGUGAUAAAAUGUUAGCUUACAUAAGAUUUCUCCAUAGCAAGCAGAAGGCCUGUGUAGUUUGAAUUGUAUUUAUUUGUCAAUGUUUGUGAGUGUUUAUACAUCAACAAAAAUAAUUAUUUAAUUUCAUAUUCGAGCAACAUCCCACCUUUCUCCUCUGCGCAUUUUUUGCAUCCAUUAUUGGCAUUUUUUGGAUUGAUAGUGCAUCUUACAAACAGAAAAGUGUCGAAUGUUGUUUUUAGAACAAGUUCUUCAGAUAGCGUGGUAUUUUCGUGGUCAGUUUGAUUGUUCAAUGCAUGAAAAGCUGGGUAAUGGAUUGUUCUGGGUUUUUUUCUAGACGUGUAAUUGCACAUAAGAAUAACAUAUUAAAAAUGUUUAAUAUUUUCUUAUCGUGUUUAAGUUUUUUGUGGAUCUAUAUUUCAAAUUCGUGUUACUGUUUUAGUUAAACAUUGUAAAUUUAUAAAAUUACAGUUUUUUUUAUUUGUGUAAGAUAACUCGUCAUAUAGUAA